UAUAUUAACCAACCAACUGAGGAAGUAAAAUGAUCACAUGCAAGGGGCGUCGCCUGCUUGCUGCACUUGUUUGCGUUCAGUUGACAUCAGAGUUAUAACAAGCCUCUAAAUACAGGGCUGACUUCCUUGUGGGGAACAGCAUUGCUCAGACGCCAGCCUGGUGCAUUAGCAGUGGGACAAGGCAGCCGGUGACUCAAAGCAUAGUAUCGGACAAGUCACAGAGCUCUCUCUGAUGCCAGCAAAAAGCAGCCGAGAGAACAAAAGCAUUAAGUAAAGGGAACAGAAAAGCCUGCUGAGACUGGCCUUGGCAGGUUCACAUCCUGCCGACUGGUAACAGCCCAGACCCAGAGGAAGUAUCUGCUGUGCAGAUGGAAGCGCACCUGGGCAAGAUGGAGUUUUUCUGCAAGCUGGGGUAUGGCAAGCAGGACAUCUGCAAAGUGCUGGAGAAUCUGGGCCAAGGGGCCCUGGAGGAUGAUGUGCUAAAAGAGUUGAUUCGGGUAGGUAGCAGGCCUGCGGUUCAGGAGAGGCAGGCCCAGCAUCCUCUCCCAAAACUUGUCCCCCGGGGGUCAUGUAGCAGGCUGGCAGUGCCCAAGCAGCCAGAAGAAGAGGCAAGCGAUUCUUCCAGUCACUUGAGACCUAUCGUGAUCGAUGGCAGCAACAUUGCUAUGAGCCAUGGGAACAAAGAAGUGUUCUCAUGCCGGGGGAUUCAGCUGGCAGUGGACUGGUUCAAGGAGAGAGGCCACAAAGACAUCAAGGUCUUUGUCCCAUCGUGGAGAAAGGAAGCACCACGAUUUGAUAGCCCCAUUACAGAUCAGCACAUUCUUGAUGAGCUUGCAAAGCAAACCAUUCUCGUGUACACCCCAUCCCGCAAGGUGAAAGGCAGGCGGGUGGUCUGCUACGACGAUCGCUAUAUAAUUAAAGUGGCCCAUGAGAAAGAUGGGGUGAUUGUGUCCAAUGACAACUACCGGGACCUCCAGAGUGAGAAUCCUGAGUGGAAGUGGUUCAUAGAGAAGCGGCUACUCAUGUACUCCUUUGUCAGUGACAAGUUUAUGCCUCCUGAUGACCCACUAGGCCGUCAUGGACCUACUCUUCACAAUUUCCUCAGCAAAAAGCCAGUGUUUCCUUUUACUAGAUGGCAGCCCUGUCCUUAUGGCAAAAAAUGCACAUAUGGCAGCAAGUGCAAAUUUUUCCACCCAGAACGAUUGCACCAAGCUCAGCUGUCAGUGGCUGAUGAGCUCCGAGCCAAAACAAAGGCCUCCUCUCAAAGCUUGGAGACAGAGGAAGAAAAGCUGAAGGCUGCCCCGAUUACAACCCAAGGAGGGAAUGCAUCCCACGGUGCCGGCAUAGAAAGGCUGGAGGAAUCCAGUGGUGCUACAGGUGGCGGCAGCUCCACUCAGAGCUUUGCACCGGAUUGGUUCCAUUCCACGCAACAGGAAAGGAGAUACACCGAGCAUUCAGCAAGAGCCUGGGGAGACAGGCCGCUCUGUAAGCUGGAACCCCAACAAAAUGUAUUACACCAAGACCUACAGAGAGAUCAAAGGCUCAUGGAAAAGCAGGUCUCUGAGUUAUCCCUCAGGGACAAGAUAUAUAGUGCAAAUAGGCUGGCAGACCCCUCUAAGAGAGGGGAUGCAAUGGACAGUAUCCAUCAAUGCUGUAAUCUUAGACACAAUCUAUACGUAACUCAUCACAACCAUAGUUUGGACUGCAUGUGCUUACAACAGUACGAGCUGCCUUCUCAUCUUUGUAGGCACCCAGCUCACCCUAGGCCUGAGCACCGCUGCAAUGUGCAAAUGUCAGCGGCGCAAAGUCAGAGAAUCCAAUACAUUGUGGACAGAUCUCAGUCCACACAAGGCCUACAGGCCCAACAGCAAGUCACACACUCUGUCAGGUCUCCUCUUAAUGGCCCAUUUCCCUACAGCAAACGUGAAGAUGGACAAUACCAAAGGCAUUUGCAGAAUCAGCCUCCCAUUCCGCCAUUUUUGUUAGAUCCCCGCAAGGAGCCCGGCUCCUUCAGCUACUCACCCACUUCUCACAGCGAGUAUCUCCCGAAUCAUGCUCCAGAGCCACUUGCUGGAGAGCGAGCACACAUCCGCAGUGUGCUCUGCUCUGUCUUCCCAUACGAUGUAGUGGAUCGAGUUAUGUUCUUGUACCCUGAUCUCAAGGAUAUGGCUAGUUUAAUUUUACUAAUUCAAAGACACAAGCACUUAUGAAGUGGUGGAGACCCUCCUAACAUCAGUGCCCCCAAAAGAAAACCAAAAACCAAGAGACUUUGCCAGCUGGGGCCAGGGGUCCAAGGUUGUUUCCAGCUCUGCCAGUGACUCACUGUGUAGCCUUGGGAAAGGCAAUUAGACUCAAAUGGUGGCAGGCAGCCACGGGCCCAGCAGGCAAUGGUACGGAGCUGCACCACCCGUGGAGGGAUCCUGGGGAGGGACUGUGCCUUGGAGAGUGAUUCCUUCCUUGAGGCACAAUCCUCACUGAGUUCCCUACAAGAGGACAGGGAGACAGCGCCACCCUUAGGAUCCCCCUCGUGUGGCUGGCCCACUCUACUUCCUGUUGUGGGGCUAUUGCCCCUUCUCCCUUCCCAUCUUCUGAGAGAUGCCAGCCAUCCCUGGAAGUGGAGCAGGCACUGGGGUCACCAGCACACAGGUGCUGCAAUUGUGACUGACCUAUAUAGAGACCACACAAGGAACAUGUACUCUUUGAAAACCUUCCACCCAUCCAAAGAAGGGUCAGUCACAAUCGGGGCCUUUAACUUGCCUAUUCUUUACUCGCUAACAACAUUGCCCCACCUUACAGAGCAGUUGCUGCAAGGCUUAGUGUAUGUUUUACAAGCACUUUAAGAGCCUUUAAUCAAAGAUGCUAUUGCAGUGGGUUUCAGCCUGUGGGCAGCCUGUGGUUUAGCAGGCCAAUGCUCAAACCACUGAGCUAUCCCUCGCCCCUGCUCAUGAGAGCAAUGUGGGACAAUCUUCCUUUGAAGAGAUUUGCAUUUUUAAAGGAUUCCCCUCAGAACUCAGAUUUUCUUUAAAAAAAAUAAAAUAAAGCGAUGACAAUCCACAGAAACCCACAGAGCAUAUCUCCCACUAGCAUGGGCUUCCUCCCAUGAGGGCCAAACUUCUCCCGGUCUCACACAGAGCUGCUUUCAUUGUCUUUUGGUUACUCUGUUGAAAUGACAAAGGUUGAAUGGGAAGACUGAGGUUCUGUUCCCAUUGCAGAAAUGCAUGCAGGCUUCCUGCAGUGUCCUCAUUUCUGUGUGCUUAGUGCAACUAUUUGGAAAAGUCAGAACUUCAGCAGAGGAUAAAUCCUGCAGUUUUUACUCACAGACUAUCUUAUCCAUUGAAGCUAAUGAAAGUUCAGCCCAAUUAAGGAAUAUAUUACUGCAAGAUUUGAGCCCUUCCCAAAAAGGGGUGGCCUCAGGAUGCAAUAGUCUAUCCUGUGCGCUCUGGAAAAGGAGACAGUUUCACUAUGCCAAACAUGAGUUGGGCACCCAAAGACAGACACACCAAAUCACUAGUCAUGUUUUAAAAUUUUGGCCUAAAAAGUGUAGUUCCAUCAAAAGGCUCGUACACUCUCUCUGAGCUUUGUACAAACUUCCCAUUGUAGGAGCUCUGCCUACAAGAUCUAGUAUAUUGCUUCAUAGACAUUGGUCACACACCAACAUUACAUUUUUAAUGUGGCCUUUUCCCACAUUAGUCUGACAUCCCAGCUAUAAGAGAACGUUGGCUUUUCGUCAUUGCAUGUCUGCCUUUAUAAUUACAGCCAUUAGGCCCAAUCCUGUCCUCGCUGAAUGGUUAACAACUCCCAUCGGCUUUGUGGGAGCAGGAUUGGACCCAUUUUAUACUUCACAAGAUAAAAAGUAGGUUUCUUUUAAAAAUCUGUUUUGUUAGUUAAGAAAUAUUAGCAGGGUUCCUACAGACCAUGGUAGAGACAGCUGAAGCUGAUGAUGAUCCAUAUUCAGCACUUAAGAGCAGUUCAACUCCAUUUAGUGGGUUUAUCUUUGACUUAAACCCUGAACUCCUCUGAAUUUUUUUCUGGACAAAACACAAGGAUGGUGAUAAUGAGAAGAGAAGCUGUUUUUCUUAUAUGAAAAAACAAAAACUUAACUGAGUUAAACUGACCUUUAGUUACCCACUAUGAUCCCAGUUGUACAGUUGAUUUACGGACGCAAACGUUUAAACUGUGUUCCUUUGGGACAUGUUUGAUUUUGGUAAGCUGUAAAGCUGCUAGCCUGUGCCAUUUAAUUAUCUAGGUUACAAAACAUGGAAUCUUAAAUUUGACCCUUUUUGGAAUUUUUCCAAACUCUAAGUAUGUCACAUUGUAACACAUAUUAAAUGUUCUUCAUUAUAUGGAUGACAUUCUGCUUUAGAAAAAAUAUUUGUAUAUCUGAGCUGUUCAAUUUAAUACACACACACAGUCUCUCACUCCUGCCACACUGUCCUGCAAGUACCUGUCUACAUCUAAUCUCUGUAGGAUCGGUAGAGGAUCUCUUAUCCAUUGCUUCUUUUUGGGGUAUUUUCUUCAAGAGUAAUAUGGUCCGGCCCUGCAUUCUCUCUGACCACCACACCUACCACCUGCACAAAAGAGCCAAUGUAGCUCAAUAGCUUGAGACUCUGAACAUGCAUCGCUAUAUCUGCUAUCCAGCAGCUUGUCUGGGAGCCUUGAUUUAUUGCUAUUUAUCCACAGCAGGAUUUCUGGGAGAUCAAACACGCAUAUCCCAUAACCCUAUUACACUGCCUGCCACAUAACACCUGUGUGAAAGGCACAAGAGCACUGGAUACAAAACAGCCUGAUCUUUCCACUGCCUCUCAUCCUCCAUAAUGCUCAGCCUCUUUGAGAAGAGGAUGUAAAAUGUUACCAGAUCAGAACUCUCCACUCCCAUUGCUGCCAGCAUUGUGCAUUAUGCACUGAGAGCAAAUAGAACCGAUGUUGAUGCUGCUUCUUAUGGGGGAGAUUUUCAAAGACAAAUGAAAGUUGAGUGCUUAAUUAACUCCCACUCAUGCCUUUAUAAAUCUCCUGGUAUGACAUUAGCUUUGGCAUGGUGUGGCAUUGGAGACAGGGAGAACCAACAUCCUGGCUCUGACCUGUCCUCAUGGCUGCAUGUGAAUUGAGAGUCCUUCUGAUGCAUCAUUAGAGAAGCUUCCUUACAAUAAGGGGUGGAGGGGGAUGGGGUUGGUGCUGUGGAUGUGGCAGUCACUGCCCUUGUCAAGGCCCUCCCCAACUAGAUGCACUGUUAAGUGGAAGAAGGUGGGAAUAUUCUAACCUGGUUUCCCCCGCCACAUGGAAAUUACUUUUAUUUAAAAAGAGGAUUAAAUUAAAGGGAUUUAACUAUUUAUAUUGGGGGCAGUUUAGCAAUGGUGAUUUAAAAAAAAACAAACAAUUUUCAUGUUGUUAUAUGUAGAUUCAGCAGGCAUAUUUGGAUUAAUUUAUUACGCUGCCAAACCUUCACUGGGGCAGAUAAGGUGGUUUUCCUCCUAGUCAUGCAAACUCAGUUUAACUUUAUAGUUUUGAAGAUAGAGUACCACAAAGGUGCUUGUGUGCGUAACUGAAGCCUGCUUGACUGCACCACAAAGAACCAGGAAGUAAUUCAGCCUGUGAGAGGAGUUUCUUAUCUGGUAUUUUUAUUUCCGAAAACAUCCGUAAUGUAAUUGAUUACUGGAGAACAGUGUAUAGCACUAACCUUAAUGCACUCUGCUUUACUACAUCAGUGAGCACUAUUGGAGUUUUUGAUGCCCUUAUCCAUUUCAGUUAGGAAUAUAAAAAACUUAAUUCCUCAUCCAAUGACACAUAUAAUGGUAAAGCUGUAGAGGAAAUGUGUUACAUGCAAGGGUGGUUUUAAACAGAGAAUCUUAAAAAAAUCCAUAACUUGCCCCUUCACUAUAGGUGGUGUUGUCCAGUCACAUAGAUGGCCUCUCACUGGAUGUGAUGGAGUUUCUAGAGAAAAACAGGGGCAGGGGCCUCACAAGCUCCCAAAACUUCUCAAAUCCUUAAAAUAUCAGCAGGGGUCAAUUAUUCACCAACCCUUGCUUUUCAGAAACUUGAGAAUUUUGAUUCCAACUGCCCUUUUUUUUUUUUAAAAACCAAGAUUCAGUUUAAUGCUACGUCCCUUCUACCUCUAUAAACAUGUAUUUCCUUGAAACUAUGAUACAGUAGCACUCCCAGACAGAAUAUCCAUACUGUACCUCUCUCCUUU